AUGGCCCUGCACCGGGAUGUGCUCAUCCUCACGCACCUGGCCCUGUGGGCCCAGCUCGGGGUGCUCACCCGCAUCUUCUUCAGCAAAUUCUUCGUGCUGGGAUGCUCUGGCCAGUGGGGCCCUUGCCUGACGGGUGGGACCUACUACGGGUCCCUGCCCCCCAACCUCCUGGGCAGCCUGAUCAUGGGAGCCCUCGUGUCCUCCUCGGUGGUGGGCUUGAGCACGCCCAAGGAGGUGACCCUGCUCCCCGCCAGCCACCCCUGGCAGAAGAACAUCCCGCUGCACAUUGGCACGUGCUUGCGCACGGGAUACUGCGGGUCCCUGACCACCUUUGGGACCUGGCAGGUGGAGCUGAUGACGGAGGCCAUCAGCCUGAACCAGUGGGUGAAUGCCAUCAUGGCCUACAUUGUGGGCCUGGCUGCCAGCCUCAUGGCCUACAUUGUUGGCUGCCACAUUGCGCUGGGAAUCGACAGGUACUUGCUGCCUGAGCGGGAGGACGUGCUGGCCCAGGAGGCCGCCUUCCUCGCCGAGGAGGUGGCCGCCGAGCGCGGGCGCCGCCCCCCGCGCAUCAGCCCCUCCCAGGCCGAGGAGCUGGAGGUUGACCUGGACCUGCCCCGCAUCUCCUCCGGCCCCUACCCCGCCGACCCCGCGCUCGCCGACGGCACGCCCAAGGCGGUCCUGGGCGCGGAGGAGGGCGCGCCGGGGCCCCAGCCCCGCCCGUGGGCGAGGUGGCGCGGCAACCGCACGCACGCCGCGACCGCGCUGGCCCUGGCGGCCCUCACCGCUGGCUGGGCGGUGGGCGCCGGGCUGGAAAGGGAGCACACCUGGAUCCGGACCGCUUUCUUCUCCGUUCUGCUGGGCGUGCCGGGGUAUGGCGGGAGGGGCUGGGGCGGUCUGGGGGAGCUGCCGGGGCGGUCUGAGGGAGCUGCCGUGACUGUCUUUGGCAGGUGCUGGCUGCGCUGGUUCCUGGCGCAGCAGCUCAACUACAGGCAGUCCAGCCGGUGCCCGUGGUACCCGACGGGCACGCUGGCGGCCAACAUGCUCGGCACGGCCACCAGCUUCGCCAUGGCCGCCACCCAGGCUCGAGCCGGGCUGGGGUACUGGGGCGCGCUGCUCACCAGCGCCGUCCAGACCGGGUUCUGCGGCGCGCUGACCACGGUUUCCACCCUAGUGGCAGAGAUCGUGAAAUUCUCUGCGGUCUACCCCGACCAGUUCCACGCCUACACAUACACCCUGCACUCGCUGGUGGGGGGCGCCCUUCUAGGCAUCGCCGUCUACGGCGGGGCCUACUGGUCGCAGUGA